AUGGGGAGGCUAGACUGGGCUUGCUCGAACAGCAAGGAGCUGGCCAGAUUACAGCUGGAAUAUAGCGCCUUACAGCAAACCACCAAACUCAUGGAGGUUGUGCCGUGCCCCUGGCGGCCGGGAACUGACAAAGAAAGGCAGCUUCUUCAGGCCCAGGCGGAGUCUGUGAGCCUCGUACAGAAGCUGAAUGAAUCUAUUCGAGCGCAGAAGAGACUGGCGGGAGAGAAGGGCAGACUGUGGAGAGCGCUGCUGGAGGAGAGAUGCAGUAGCUGCAACAGCAACGAGGAGAAACUCCAGCGCGCUGUUGCUGCUUGCCAUGCGCACCAAAAGGAAGCAGAGGCAGCACAGCGCCGUUUAGCUGCCCUCGAGGAGGACAAGCACCGGCUGGAGGCCGAUCUGGCAGCUUUAGUGCAUUCAUCCCAACAGCAGCAGCAGCAGCAGCAGCAGCAACAGCAGCAACAGCAGCAACAGCAACAAUUGCUGCAGGAGCUUGCUGAGUCUCAGGCUCAGGUAGCUGCGCUGAAAGGUCAGUCGGACGCAUUGGAGCAUCUCGUGAAAGAGUCAAGGUGUCGGGUACGAGAACUGGAGGCACUACAGCAGCAGCAGCAAUUACUGCUACAGCAGCAGCAAGAGCAGCACGAGCAGCAACAGCAGCAACACCAAAAACACCAAGAACAGCUUCUGGACCACCAAAAGCAGCACCGGGAGCAGCAGGCUCUGUUGGAGGCCCUGCGGAGCGAAGCAGAGGCUUUGAAGGUGAAGUGCGCUGCUGCUGAAUUGCGGGCCCAGAUGAAAGAGGAAGAAAGGAAUAAAGACGUACAGACAUUUCAGACGAUGUUGCAAGCAGCGGAACAGAGAGCGGCUCAAUUGCAGGAAGCGCUUCUGCGCAGCCGUAGUCGCAGCAACGGCAGCAGCAGCAGCAGCUCAGGAAGUUCACCUCUGGGGUCUCCUCCCAUCGGGUACAGCCCCGGCAGCAGUCCCAGCUCAAGGAGACGCCGGGACAGUGUUCAGAAGGUCCUUCAAUCAGCCGAUGUCGCCCUUGCGAAAGCGGUGGUUUAUGUGCACCGCAGCAAACUCAGCAGCGACAUGGCGGCAAGGGGAGUGGAUAACGCAAUUCGCAAAAAUGGCCCCAAAGAUAACGCCACAAGUAAAGAGAGCGCAAAACAGGGCCCCUCGCACCCUCCAAAAGGAGAGGAACUCGUCCCGCCAGGGGCUGGUUUCACCAAAAGCCCCAGAGAGGGAUCACUCAAAGCUCCGCCUUCUUCGCCUCCAAAUGCAACCGAAGCGGAUUUCGCGGAGCCGCCCACUGCGGGUCUUUCCUCACCAGAGGGCAAGCACUCGAAGCCUCCACAGAGCUGCACACCAGCACCACGGGGCCGCGAGAGUGAAGGAAGCUCAGCUCAGGGGAGCUCAGAGCAUAGCAAAGCGGAUUCUUCUCUACCCGUGCGACAAGCACCUGCAAAGGGGUCUUCAGAGCAAAAUCCAGUGGCACCUGUGAAGAAGCAUUCAGGGCCUCUUUCAAAGAAAGAACCAGGACCCCCAGAAACCCAUUCAAGUGGUCCCUCAGAAAAUCUUCUACAGGGAAUUUCCAAAAAGUAUCCAGGGGGCGGAUCAGAGAAGCAUUCAGAAGUAACUUCAGAGAAGCAUUCAGGAAGUCCCCCAAAGAAACUCCCAGGGGCUCCUCAAAAAAAAUACCCAGAAAACGCCUCAAAGACAUCUUCAAAAGGCCCACCAGUGAAGACUCAGGGGGACGCCCCAGAGAAACCCCAAGAAAAGGCUUCAGAGAAAAGCUCAGCGGUGCUCAUAGAGAAGCGUCUAUGCCCCCUUCCAAAGAAAUCUCAAGGCGCUUCUCCAGAAAAAGGAGCCGAAGACUCACUAGAAAAGAGUCCAGGGGUUCUGAAAGAGGCCCAAGGGUGUCUUCCAGAAAGGCCUCCCCAAGACCAGAAGUUUUCACCGCCAACAAAACAGCCUUCUCCAGAGCAGCAAAUGGAAGGCUCCUCUUCAGCGAAGCUGGGCGUGUCAAAGCCUAGCCUUGGCGGCCCUGGAAAAGUGAAUGGAGGCGCUCCUGUUCUUUCCUCAAAACAGUCCACUACGAGCAAAGAGGCGCAGCCAAAGUCAAGUGCUAAUAUACCAAAUGCAAAAGGUGAGCCACCUCCCAGCGGGAUGAGUCCACCCCCAGGAAAGGUGGGCUCACCCACCAGGGGAACCCCUCAGCCUUUGCAGCGCGUUGAGGGCUCGCCCAAUGUACUCGCUGAAAAGCCCCCUGUGGGCGCAGUGGGGCCCGUGAGCGACAAAGAAAGCGGCUUACAGCAAGACGGCAAGGCCGCGCCUCCUCCUCUGAAGGCACCAGUGGGGCCGAAAGAGACAUGUUCAAAUGUGCCAGAGGAACAAACCCUCCCUGUGGCUUUGUUGCAGCAGAUGGGUCUCCCAGCAAACGAAGCAGCAGGAGCAGCAACAACAGCAACAGCUGCAAAAAUAGCAACAACGGCGACAGCGGCAAGUGCAACAACAACAGCAACAGCGGCAAAAGCAGCAACAGCAGCAGCAACAGCAGCACACGGGCCUCCGAAAAGUCCCAAGCCGUCGACUCCCGAAUCGACCAGCCGUCUUAGGGACUCAGCAAUAGUGGCAUUUGGAAAGGCGAGCCUUGACACCAAAGCCCUUGCUGCAAAGAGGCGUGCAUCUGCCGCAGUUGCUGCUACGUCCACUCCCGGUGAUGCUAGGGCUGCUGUUGUUCCCCACGAGGCUUCUGCCACGGAAACCCGAAAGAUGGGCGAGGGAUCAACUGGAAUGUCUGCAACGUCCGGCAAGGAGGGGCUCCUGAAGACAGGUCCGAAGGGUCAGGGACUUCCUGCUGCUCUCCCUCCGCAGCCUAGCGGGGACCUCCCGGAAGGGCUUUCACAGAAAAGCUCCGUCAGCAAGGUGGGCCCCCCCAAGCCGUCUAAUUUAGCGAGGCCUCCCGGUGGGCCCUCACCGCCUCAAGCUCUAGGUGGGCCCGCACCACCCCAGGCCCUUAGGCGGCACUCAGAGGAGAGACAGACUGGCAAUCAAUCCGAGUUACCUGACGUUCCUCCUGGAACCCUUCUAGAAGGACCUUCGCCGAAGCCACAAAUACCCCGGUUACAUCUAAAUACUUUAGGGGGGAAAAUCCCGAAAAAGAACCCCUAA